UUUAUGGAUUUUUUUUUUUGUUGCCUAUUUGCGUACUCAAAUUGAAAACUUUUAUUGCAUCUUAAUAAUGUGAAUGUAUCCCAUUUGCUAUGUUCAUUGUACCCUCAGAAGCAUUUUUCUGAAUUGUCAAGUCAACAGUUACCAAAUCCAGCACAUAAUUCUGCCUGUAAAGAAAUACUGUGAUUAAACCUUUACGUACCUAUACAUUCACCAAAAAGUCACACAUACGCUAUGACUUCACCGGAACAAAAGAUUUGUUUUUGUUGUUCUUUUAGCUCUGUUUUAUUCGUGGAUGUGAUUUUAUUACACUGUCCAGGGUACAGCCUCCAGUAAAUGUGUUACAUCCUGUUGACUGUGGGUGGUGUAUCCCAGCUAAGUAGUGACACCAAUAAGAGGGCAGAUCAGGUGCAGUAGAGCUUCACUUGUCCUCUCACAUCUUUACAACAGCCAGCAUGCAGCUGAUCCAGCUGGAAGCUGCAGUCUUAUUUGGGAUUGUGAUUCCUCAGAUAACCAGCAACAGCAUCACAUCUCCAGUUUCUGAAUGUUCGGCUGCUGAGAAUACCUGCAUGUCAGACUUAUGCGAGAGUGAACAGGCAUUUUACGGAAGCAUCUGCGAGGAUGAAGGGUGCCAAAUAAAAGCCUCGGAGGUCUGUAACAUGACCAUCCAGACCAUACUGGACCAAUUUCCUUCUCUGCGAGGAUGUGUGUGCGCCUGGGAGGAGGAUCUUUGUGAUUCUAUACAAGUGUUGGCCUCACAAUGCCACAGAGAGCCAGCGGUUCAGCAGAAGAGGAGCACAAUGAUGGACUGGCAGUCAAGCAGUUUGUUAGGUUAUGUAUAUGACGGUGCUGGAUCCUGCUUGGACCGAAUUAGUGUUUGUGUCAGCGAUGCAGUUUGUAACAGACACCUGGCACCUGUUCUUCAGGCGUGUAUGGCGGAGCAGUGCGACAGUGAACGCUGUCAGCGAGCAACUCAGGAGUUCUAUGGCAACAUGCCACAAAAUGUUGCAGAGAUGCUGGUCAUGUGUGAGUGUGAGGCUUCAGAUCAGAGCUGCCUGCAGAUGACAAUGGGUCUGCACAGUGGCACAUGUGGAGACGAGACCUGGAUCUGCCAGGAAACACUCCACCAGUGUGUUCAGGACACAAACUGCAGAGGUCUGUUAAACACUUUCCAGUCCAAGUGUUGGAGCUCUGAAGAUGCACAGUGCAGCAACAGUAACCUCCAAAGGGAUGAAUGUUUCAGCCAGAUGGAUCCAGCUCUCAUGCUCGGCACGGAUUCUGAAUGCAAAAUGGCCUUCUUGGCUACGUUAGGCACAACACUUCACUAUCCUUGUACAUGCAAAGGAGUUUACAAUGACAAGCUGCUGAUGUGCAAUAUGAUUCAUGAUGUCCUCCAUAACAGAUCACAUUUCACUACAUCAUGGGAAAGCAGUGGGAGCCCCUUUAAACCUCCUGAAAGUAAUGAUUCUGAACAGACAGGAUCACAUGAUUAUCUGCUGUAUGUUUUUGCAAUAGUGCUACUUGUUGGUGUUAUCAUAAUAAUGCCUCUGGCUGUUGUCAGUAAAAUAUGGACACUGAGACGGAGAGAUAAAACAAAAUUUCACCAUCCUGAGAAAAGCAGUUGUGUUGUUAUUUUCUAAUGUGUAUCCUCUUAACAUGUAACGCGUCACAGUGAACAAGUUUUUAUGUGACUGCAGAGAUGAGAUGGCUUUCUGUUGCAUGCAUUGCUGUUGUUGUUGUUUUUUUUUAUCUCAGUGUUGAUGUUAGCAAAAGAUUAAAGUGAAGAUGCUUUUAAAAAAUAAUGCAAUCAAUAGCUUAUUUAUUUAUUUCAUUUCACAAGUCACUUCAGCAAAUAGAAAUUAUACUACAUCAAAUCUGACCCUCUUUUUACUUUUAAACAGCAACAUUCAACCUGGGUUCACAUGCAUUUUUCAAGGUACUCUGCAGGUGAUCGAUCAUUCUGACAACGGGGCUCUGUAAGGGUCACACCAUCUGCUGCAGGACUCCUUGUUCUUCUUGUAAAAGAUCGAUGGUUCUUUAUCAAUCUGACUGGUUGUUUGGAAUCAUAGUUAUGCUGCAGAAUAAAUUCGGGACUGAUCAGACACCUCCCUGAUGAUAUUGUUUGAUAGACAGGAAUUUGAAGUACCUAAAACUGUUGCACACAACAUAUUACAAAUCCAUCCAAAGAGAUAGAAUUGCAUCAUCAUAUGAUCAUCAUCAUAUGAUUUACUUUGCUUGUAUUUUAUAACUAGUCUUUGUAACUGAUGACAAUGUUGCCACAAACAGUAACCUGACAGACUGUGCUUUAUUAAAAACCUAAGAUAGACCUGUAUUUUUAGAGUUAUUAAUGUAGUCAUGACAUCUGAAAUUUCCAAGAUAAAUGACUGUGUGCGAACUCAAAGCAUUUUACACAGAUCACACAAGAAAUAUUUCUUUGUACAGCAAAAAUCAAUCAAAGGCCUGAAGUUAUUAAUCUGUCACGCUGACUUACACCAUCAGUCACUGUAAGAACCAAAUCAACACAUCUGACUCAUGAGAUUGAUUUAUGUUAUUGUUGUUGGUGCUCUGUUCACUAGUCAACAGAUCUAUACAGGUUGAAGAGCUACAGCUUCAUCAAAUCACUGCAAAAUAUCUGAUGUUAGAUGUGUUUUGAUUUGCUGAUAAAACAAUGACAUUCUGAAAAAGCCUCAGGUUUAUCCUUUGACUAGGCUUUUUAUAGAAAGCGUGCCAAGAUUACUGUGAAAUCAUAUUGAAAAGAAACA